AGAAGAACCAAUUGUCGACCACUGGACUAAACCUUGACAGAAAAAAUAGAACGAAGUAAGAAAUGUUAAUUGACAGUUAUAAAUUCCGACAUGGGAACAGAGGUCGUUAUUAUGAAAAUAAUCUUUGGUCAGUGUUCAGUGUUCACACAUAAUAUCAAUAGUUUGCUGCUAAAUAAUAUUGGCGGCGAAGCCACUGAACCCAAACCUAAAUCCGAAGCCAUAGCCACUUUGAUUUGAACUUAAGAACCAAAUUCUUUUGAUAUCAAACUUUCGCACCUAAUUAUUUUUCAAUUUUCAAUUUCCCGUUCCUCCAUUCACAUCGUCGCGACUCGCGUAGAAGAUGUGGUUGUGAUUCGUAAUUGGAGAAGUGUGGAAACAAUGCGGUGGUUUCCGUUGAGUACAAGUUCAAGCUCGGAGAGGGCGAGAGAAAGUGAGAAUAAUAGUCGUUCUUUGGUGUAUCUCAAUGUAUACGAUCUUACUCCUAUAAACAAUUAUCUUUACAUGUUUGGUCUUGGAAUUUUUCACUCCGGUAUACAAGUGCAUGGUGUGGAAUAUGGCUUUGGAGCACAUGAAUACCCAAGUAGUGGUGUGUUUGAGGUGGAACCUAGAAGCUGCCCUGGCUUCAUCUUCAGACGAUCGGUGUUGGUGGGAAGCACUAAUAUGUCUAACUCAGAAUUUCAAUCUUUCAUAGAGUGCCUCUCUACAAAGUAUCAUGGAGACACUUAUCAUCUGAUUGCAAAAAACUGCAACCAUUUUACAGAUGAAGUUUGCCAGCAACUAACAGGAAAUCCUAUCCCUGGAUGGGUAAAUCGGAUGGCUCGUGUAGGUUCUUUCUGCAAUUGUCUUCUGCCAGAAAGCCUUCAGGUUGCUGCAGUUAGACAUCUCCCUGAACGUCUUACAUUUGCUGAUGAUGAUGGAUCAGGAUCCGAUGUCCUUUCUGCAUCUGUUGAGAGUGAAGAGGAUGAGCCCAAUCACCAUUUGCUAACUGCACCAAAUGGUGAUGUUGCCUUUCUAAAGGAAAAACCAGUUAGGUUGGCGCGGGAGCACUUAUGAUUUUAAUUGGUUUAUCUUGUGUUUUUUAUUCUUUCUUUGUUCUCUUGCUUGUACCCUAUGUAUGAUCUUAGCUUUGAAUGCAACAAGUCUCUCAAGUAGAAUAUUUAAGACUCAAAAUGCAUGCAUUGUAGAACAAAGACGAUAAUCUGCUGUAUAUGUCCUGUACGUGUCAAAAUGGACUGGUUCUCCGAUAGAAGCUAUUAGAAAUACAAACACAAAAUCUUCAGUAU